AUGAAGCGGCGUAUCAUCACCUGAUCACUACCAAUGAGGAACUACAGCGUUUGAGUGUUGAGCAUGCGAUCAUGUGACAGUAUGAUUUAGUGUAAUGAAGCUAUUUUUAUUUCACCGCGGAAAACAUAUGCCCACUUUAAGUGUUUAUGGAGGAAGAGAUGUUGAUGGCCGGGGAGAGUCAUGUUGAUAAUUAAUUCGGUGCUGAAACUGCUGCAGCGGCAGACAUACACCUGCCUGUCUCAUCGCUAUGGACUCUACCUGUGUUUCGGAGGACUGGUCCUCAUGAUAGUGUCUGCCUUUCAGUUUGGAGAGGUUGUAGUUGAGUGGAGUCGAGAUCAGUACCAUGUUUUGUUUGAUUCCUACAGAGAUAAUGUUGCAGGAAAGUCCUUUCAGACCAGGCUUUGCCUACCGAUGCCCAUCGAUGUGGUUUACACCUGGGUAAACGGCACAGACACGGGCCUGCUGAAGGAUCUUCGUGCUGUGAGACAGCAGUUGGAGGAAGAACAGAAGGCCCUGAGGGAGCGUCUGGGAAAAAAUGCAUCUGAAAUAACUGAAGCUCCUAAGGGAAGGCCAGAAUGUCUGCUGUCCCACUGCAUCAUGGGCCCUGUGCUGGUGCUGGAUCCAGCCCUUCCUGCCAACAUGACAUUGAAGGAGCUGCCAACAUUUUCUGCAGCGUUCUCCUCUACAAAACAACUCUUACAGGUGGCCAAACCCCUCCACCCCUCCACAAGCGUGUCUGUUCUUCUCUUCCACUCCCACAGUGAAGCUGAAAAGGCUCAUACAGAUGCUUUGAAGGACAUCCUGACACACUCCAUCAGCAGAGGUUACCUGACGACUGAUAAAGAGGCUCCGGGGCUGGUCCGCAUGCACACUAUGGCCUACUUGAGCGGCUUCCCAGGGUCACUAAAAGAAACCGAGCAGCUCAGGGUCAAACUACCAGCUGUGGUCACUAGUAAAAUCAAACAGUUGCAGCUGUACUCAGAGGCCAGCAUCGCUCUGCUCCACCUGAACACAGCUCAGGAUUUCACCGACCUCACCCAGCAGGCCAAGAAGAACUUGACACUGGACGGCAAAGAGCUCACAGUCAGCCCUGCGUACCUGUUCUGGGACCUGACCGCCAUCUCACAGUCAAAGCAGGAUGAGGAUGUCUCUGCCAGUCGCUUUGAAGACAAUGAGGAGCUGCGUUAUUCGCUACGUUCCAUCGAGAAACAUGCGCCCUGGGUGCGCCACAUCUUUAUCGUAACCAACGGACAAAUACCGUCUUGGCUUAAUCUGGAUAACCCACGUGUUUCAGUGGUUACUCACCAGGACAUUUUUCACAACCAGUCUCACCUUCCUACGUUCAGUUCUCCUGCCAUAGAGACCCAUAUCCACCGGAUCCCAGGCCUUUCACAAAAGUUCAUCUACCUCAAUGAUGAUGUCAUGUUCGGCAAAGACGUGUGGCCUGAUGACUUCUACAGCCACUCCAAAGGUCAAAAGGUGUAUCUCACCUGGCCUGUUCCAAACUGUGCUGAGGGCUGCCCGGGCUCCUGGAUCAAAGACGGCUACUGCGACAAGGCCUGCAACAACUCUGCCUGUGAUUGGGAUGGAGGAGACUGUCAGGGCACUGCAGGCACCAGUCGUUUUGGUGGAGCAGGUGGUUCUGUGAUCGGAGGUGGACAGCCUUGGCAGUUCGCAGGUGGUCUCGGAGGACUGGGGGGCGUGUCAUUCUGUAACCAGGGCUGCGCUAACUCUUGGUUGGCUGAUAAAUUCUGUGACCAGGCAUGCAACGUUCUGGCUUGUGGGUUCGAUGUGGGCGACUGCGGACAAGAUAAUUUCAACCAACUGCACCGUAUUGUCCUCCGGAGGAACCAGACACUUUACACCCUGCCUCAGGGAGAGCUCAGACCGUAUUUUAGCUUCUCAGGUCUGGCUAACCGCGUGUCCGAGGCACAGGUCGCUGAUAGCCCAGCAGUUCGUCACACUUCUGUCGCAAACAAAUGGAAGACCAUCCAUCUGCUGCUGUUGCCUGGACACAAUGCCACCCAGAUCAACUACAACCUCACCUUUCAGGGCGCCGACAACCACGACUUCGUCAUGACUUUCUCAGUCGCUGUGGAUACUCGAGAGCUCCCCAAAUCAAACAUAUCAGAUCCAGUGCGCGAGAAACACGAGGAACCCAAACCGACCGUGGUGACCCCAGAACCAGAGGUCCUGUUUGAAAACAUUCCCAAAGAAAAACAAGGUCCUAGAGUUAGAGAAAAAUCCCAUGGCGAUCUAGAAACUGUGCAGGUACCUGCGUUAAAUGAAUCUCUUCUGCCGGAGGAAGUGAAACUGGAGUUACAGAAGCUGAACGAGAAGCUAAUAUUGGGUGACAUCACUAUUAAAGGCUAUAAUUUGACCAAAGCAGUGCUGUUGGAGCCGUACAAAGGCAAAGCUCAGCUUUCACUAAACGAGAACAAACAAGCAAAACUCUGGAACGAAGAGCAGAAAUCUCUUUUAAACAGUCAACAUCAGGCCGAGAGAGCAGCAAGGGUGAAAAGAGCAAACGAAGAUUCUAAAUUGGAACCAGGUGUCCGUCCAUCUCUUAUCCCAGUCCAGAUUGAUGGUGUUACACCUAAAGCUCAACCACGAUUGUUAGGCAUGAAUAAACCUCACGGGUCUAAGCUUCUCAGCAACCUGAUGGGGAACAUGUCUAAGGAGAGAGAUUCUGAAAACGAAGCCCAUGCCCGUGGGGGGCCAGUGGGUCGUAAACUCCAGUAUUACACCUCCAGCUUGGACCGGGGUUUCCUUCCAUGGGAGAAGAGGAAGUUCUUUCAGGAUCUGCUGGAGGAAGAGGAGCAUCUACAAAGAGAACUGCAAUAUGCAGCUGACAGGACCGCCACUGGACGCAGGUUGCGGGACACUUUUGCUGAUUCACUCCGCUAUGUCAACCGACUCUUGAACGCUCAGUUCGGCUUCACUUCCCGCAAAGUGCCUGCCCAUAUGCCUCACAUGAUCGACAGACUCAUCAUGCAGGAACUACAGGACAUCUUCCCUCAAGAGUUUGAUAAGACCUCAUCCCACCGUGUGCGUCACUCUGAGGACAUGCAGUUUGCCUUCUCUUAUUUCUAUUUCUUGAUGAGCGCAUUACAGCAGCUCAAUAUAUCUGAAGUGUUUGAUGAAAUCGACACAGACCACUCCGGAGUGCUGUCCGACCGUGAGAUCCGCACGUUGGCCACACGUAUCCAUGAACUCCCUUUAAGCCUUCAGGAUUUGACCAGUCUGGAACAGAUGCUCAUAAACUGCUCUAAGACUCUUCCGUCCAACCUCACGCAGCUCCAUAUUGUCAGCCCCACCCAGGAGGCCUAUUAUGACCCCAGCAUGCCACCCGUCACAAAAGGUUUAGUAAUCCACUGCAAACCAAUCACAGAGAGGAUCCACAAAGCCUUCAGGGACCAGAAUAAAUACAAGUUCGAAAUUAUGGGCGAAGAGGAGAUUGCCUUUAAGAUGAUACGCACCAAUGUGUCUCAUGUAGUGGGGCAGCUUGAUGACAUCAGGAAGAACCCUAGGAAGUUUAUCUGCCUGAAUGAUAACAUUGACCACAGCCAUAAGGACGCCAGUACGGUCAAAGCUGUUCUGAGGGACUUCUAUGAGUCCAUGUUCCCACUGCCCUCUCAGUUUGAGCUGCCCAGAGAAUACAGAAACCGUUUCCUUCACAUGACAGAGCUGCAGGAGUGGCGAAUAUACAGAGACAAGCUGAAGUUCUGGACCCACUGUGUGCUGGUGACAUUAGUCGUCUUCACUGUCAUGUCUUUCUUUGCUGAACAGCUGAUCAUGUUGAAACGACGGCUUUUCCCCAGACGCAGGGUCAGCAAAGAUGUGAAUCCGGAGCGGGUGUGAGGUUAUUCCUCUCUCAGAGGGUGUGUUGUGAGAAUAUGAAGUACCAGAGAAGUACUUCUGUUAAUGCCGUCAGAUAAACUAGCCCAUUUGUAGGUGACUGAAUGAAGUUGGACAAACUUCAAGGUACAGGCCUCCUCCACAUAGGGGCAUUAGUGAGACACACUGCGGCCCACGAGGCAAGCGACUUUGUCUUGUCCUGCGAUCACACUCCAGGUGGCGUACUGAAUGUGAACUGAACUCAAUGGCCCAUAUUGAGUGCGAGUUGCCAUAUGUCCUUGCGUGUUUGAAAUGUAAUAAUUUGAAAUAGGAUUUUUAAUUGAUAUGGGAACAUCAAGGGUAAAGUACUAACCGCAAGGGGUUGUUGUCCUUUCUCUAGUUCUUUGUCUUGUCUUUCCUUCCUCAUCCUUAUAGUGCCUUUCUUUAUCACAUGAAUGAAAGCGGUGGACUCUGAUGCACGGCUGGAACUCACUGCCUUGUUUUUGGCUUUUUGCAUUUGUUUGCAUUUGUCUUAAUCUGUCUUGCUAAUUCCAAAGUGGCACAAAAUCUCCGGGAGCAUAUUUAAAACCGAACGGCAAUCCUGAUACUUUGUAAUUUGAGCAAGGAUCAUCAAAAAGGAGCCAUUUCCUUCUCUUUCUCUUUUUAAAUGCAUGUCGUUUUUGCUUGAAGUCAUUCACGUGCUUGUCUCUUAGUGGGACAUUAAAUACUGACUCUGUCUGAAAUUCAGAUGCCACUGCCUGCGGCCCUCAUGUGUAUUAAUUCAGUCUUCACCUUCACCUUCAAUUAUUGUUUUUUGCUUGCUCAUACGUUAAAACUACUGAACCCAAACCUCUGCAGGGCGUACGUGCCUGACAAAACAGGCUUGAGUUUAUGAAUCAUGUUGAAUGAUAAUGCUGUUCUGGGAUGUAUUUCCCUGUUGACUUUUAUUUAUUAGGUUAUGAAGGGCAUAAUCGUACUAUACAAGCAUAUCAUUGUUUUAUUUUGGAAAUGUAUGUUGUUUAAUCUAAAUUCAUUUAUUUUAAGUCUUUAAAUUAUACUGACAAUUUACUACUUUUUGUGUCGAUUGUAAAUUUAACCAGGAACUGUGCCUCUUUUUUUUUUUUUUUUUUUUUUUUUUUUUAAAGUUUGAUGAACAAUCUGAAUGACAAUGUAAUGUAACAACCAAAUCUGUCAAUUAAAAGUCUUUCAAAGUCA